UACAUUAUAUUUCCAACAAAAAUAUGCGGUUAUUUCACUUUUUACGCUGUAUUUUAUACGUCGGAAAAUUCAUUUUCCAACCCCAUUCGGCAAUGUUUUGAUUACGUUUCACGUUGACGUUUACCCCACCCAAAUGAAUUCACGUUCCGUAAUAUUAAAAGCAUGUGGUUGUAUUUUUCAGGUCUGGCGAUCGGUGUUUAAAAGGAAUAUGUCAGAAGAUCAAAGUAGUAAAAUUGGAUUAUUAGGUAUGGAAUUUGGAAAACAUUUAUUUUAUUGUCGUCAAAAUGUUGAAUUAAUGACAAGUUGUUUCACUUUUCAACAAUAUAAGAAUGUCUGAAUGGUUUAUUAUGUAGACAGUGCUGCACUUCACAGUACUGUUCUCUGUCAACAAAUGUUUUUGUUAUUGCAUGAAGUUGAAUUCAAAAUUGAUGUUUUAUCAAUGUACACACCUGUUCGUACAUUAAGAGGUAUUGAAAGCUAUAUUUAGUUUCAUUAUCUUGUGCAUGUUGUUUGUAUUUUGAUAUAAGUACAGUUAACGAACUCGAUGCUUUGUGGUUCGUGUAUUUCUCUUUCAGUUCCAGUGUGCAUGUCGUUUUCAAGAGUUCCUGAUGGUCCACCAUUGAACAAGGAAAUUUUAGAAAUCUGGGAGAAGUACAGUCAGCCUGCUGCAGUCAGAAAAAUUCAAGAAGAGUUUGAAGUGUUGCGAUCAUCACCUGAAUCAUGUCUCAGAGUGAAGAUGUUUCGUUUAAGUCAGAAAUGCCAGAAGUUAAGAAAACAAAAGCGGGAUGGUGAAUUGCGUUCUAUUUUGCAAUCGGGUUUUCAUGCACCUGAAAAAAAGAUCACUGAAGAUGUAACGCUUGCAGAUGAAAGCCAAAUAAGACAAGUGCAAGAUGCUGCAAGGAAAGUUGUUCAGGAGAAUCACAAGUUGAAGAGAGAAAUAGAACAUGUUGAAGAUACAAAUGAAAACGUUUCUUUUCAAAUUGAACAUUAUGGAAAAAAACUUGACAUUCAGAUGAAAUUGUUAGAUAUGAUGAAUGAUCGCUACGGAGAAGCCAUGAAGUAUAAAAGAGAAUCUCACAACUUGCAACAUGAACUGGAGUUAUGGCAACAGAAAUUUCAACACAUAUCAGAUCAGCUAGAUAAAACAACCAAUGAAAUUUCAAUGUUACAUGAAAAGGUUAAGAAAAAUUCCAUAAGAAAUCUGAACAAAAAAAUUAAAACGCAGAGAGAAAGCCAUACUAAUUAAGAAUUAAGUCAUCUAGACAUAAACUGAAACUUCAACAGCAGAAAAACCUACUUCCUAAGUUCAUUGAUGAACCACAUCUGUUCGUUGGAAAGUCCAUUCAGCAAAAGUUUAACAUUCCUGAUUCAAAUGAAAUUGAAUGGUUUAAUGGUGAAAUCUUAAAACUUAUUAAUAUAGAUGGUUUAAAUUCUACAUACCAGGUCAAAUAUGAAGAUGGUGAGCUUAGUUCUUACAAUCUUUUGGUUGAUUUUGAGAAAGGGGACGUUAUUAUUUUGUGACAUUGUUAUAGUGCUAUGGACAU